CGCGGACGCGCGUCGACGCGUCCGCGAGCGUCGCGCGAUGCGCCGCCGUUCGUCGACGCGCGCGCGGUGAGCUACGCGCCCGCGGGCGCCGGCGCGCCGGUGCUGCGCGACGUCGCGCUCGCGCUCCCGCGACGAGGGCUGACGCUGAUCGUCGGACGGUCGGGCACGGGGAAGAGCACGCUGCUGACGCUGAUCGCGGGGCUGAGCGAACCGACGACGGGGCGGGUGACGCUGGGCGGCGACGGCGCGGAGGACGCGCGGGCGACGACGGCGGCGGACCGACUGGCGAAGGUGGGGAUCGUGUUUCAGUUUCCGGAGCGACACUUCUUGGGGAAGACGGUGCUGCAGGAGCUGACGUUCGGGUGGCCGACGUCGGCGAACGCGUUCGCGAGACGAAGGGCGCUGGCGUACAGGAUGCACGACGCGCUGCACGCGGUGGGGAUGGAGGGCGUGCCGCUGGACACGGAGGUGCGGACGCUGAGCGGGGGGUAUAAGCGACGGUUGGCGCUCGCGAUACAACUCGUGCGCGAUCCCGCGGUGCUGUGCCUGGAUGAACCGCUGGCGGGGUUGGAUUGGAGCACGCGCGCGGAGGUGACGGCGCUGCUCGACGACUUGAAGCGCGACAGAGCGGUGGUGGUGGUGUCGCACGACGUGGAGGAGAUUCAACCGAUCACCGAUCGUGCGUUUAGAAUGGAGCAGAUGGGUAAGCUC